UCARAAUGUCGCGCGGAAUUUUUCACUCAAAUUAAAACUAAAUUUUAAUGUAUUUUAUUUUACUCGAUUAUGAAGAUUUUAAGAUUUCUUCAAAGGAGAGGACAUUUCUUGGUUCGUGGAAGAGAAGUUUCUUCGAYAUUCAAGUGUGCCAGCCAUAAUGAGGUUAACGACAACAACGACAACAAUAAAAAUAGCAAAGAGAUCAGACGAAUUGUUUCUGGAAUUCAACCAACUGGUACAAUGCAUCUUGGGAAUUACCUGGGUGCAAUCAAAAACUGGGUGGAKUUACAAAACACAUGUGAAGCAGAGAUUCUGUACAGCAUAGUGGACCUUCAUUCCAUUACCACACCUCAGGAUCCUCAAGAAUUGAARCAGAGUGUUAAGAACAUGGCUAUAAGUCUGUUAGCUUGUGGUGUGGAUCCUGAUCGAAGUAUUAUUUUUAAGCAGUCUGAGGUAUCCCAACAUGCCGAGUUGGCAUGGAUACUCAGUUGUAUAACACCACUUGGGAUUCUUAACAGAAUGCAUCAAUGGAAGAGCAAAACUGAAGGAAGUAAAGAACAGCAAUGUCUUGGUCUUUAUGCAUACCCUGUCCUCAUGGGUGCUGAUAUUCUYUUAUACAGAGCUUCUCAUGUUCCUGUGGGUGACGAUCAGUUACAACAUCUAGAAUUAGCCAGAGAACUUGCUCGUAUUUUUAACAAUUCGUAUGGUAGAUUCUUUUCAUCACCACAACCUAUUCUAGGUAAAAUGACACGAGUAAUGAGCCUUCGGGAUGCCACRAAAAAGAUGAGUAAAUCAGACCCCAACCACUUCUCACGGAUUGARCUCUCUGACACCCCAGAUACCAUCAAAUCAAAAAUCCAGAAAUCCAUCACYGAUUCUGACAACCACAUCAGCUAUGACCCAGAGGGUAGGCCUGGGGUGAGUAACUUGAUUGACAUCUACUGUGCCUUGAGCGAGGAAUCCAUGGAGACUAUCUGCUCCAGGUAUCAAAACAUUGAACGGUUUAAAUCAGUUUUCAAAAAAGACCUUACAGAUUUAAUAGUACAAAAAUUAAGUCCAGUGAGGCAGGAAAUUGAAAAGCUGACACAACAAGAUUGGUAUGUAGAAGAGAUACUCRAGAAGGGGGCUGCAAAAGCUUGCGAGUUGGCCGACGUUACGAUGAGUGAUGUCAAAACACUUAUAGGAUUUAAAUAGCUUUCAUCGAUAAUAUUAGGAAUUCUAGUAAUUUCCAAAGAAGCACAUGACCCCAUAUAUUAUACCCCAUAUACCCCCAUAUAUUUACGAUGAAUGAUGUUAAAACACUUAUAGGAUUUAAAUAGCUUUCGUCGAUAAUAUUAGGAAUUCUAGUAAUUUCCAAAGAAGCACAUGACCCCAUAUAUUGACUCAUAGAAACUGCACUUUAGGGGUUUUUUUUACAUGAGAAUCUAUUUCUGUGUCCUUAAGGUACCCAGGGAGCUCCUCCAAAAUCUGCUAAAAAUAACAGUAAUAAUUAUAAUAAUUAUUUAAAAAACAUUUUAUGCUUUUAAUUCAUUAAAAUCAAUUGGAAGUGGCUGAAAAACAUUUUUCAACAUCUUUUGACCUGACUCUUAACCCUUAAUCCAGUCAUAGUAUCUUAAUCUUAAAGAAAAGACUCCAGACUUGGCAAACUUUCUCAUGUUUGACCUUUGUGGAUCAAAAUUGGGGAAUCAAGGAUCAAGGAUAGCGUGCCAGUCAUGUCAAGACGUUUUGGRAAUCGCCAAUCUCCUAGUAACCCCAUUUCGUUCCGAGGAAUUUUCUAAACUAGGCCCGAGUCAAUAUAACAUCUAUUUAUCUUCCUUUUAUUAAUGUACUGGAAGAAUAAACUUUUUUUUCGUG